UCUUGGACAGAAACCCUUGAGUCUGGGCUUCAGGAGAGUGAUCCACUCCCAGGAAGGGGUAGUGGUGGGGGUAAACAGUGUUAAGACUGAGGAGACAAGAGCCGCCCCAGAGAAUUUUUCAAAGAACAUAGACAUGGAGAACUCCUCAGUAGCCUCCGCUUCUUCAGAGGCUGGAAGUAACCGUUCCCAAGAGAUAGAAGAACUUGAGCGAUUCAUUGACAGUUAUGUCCUAGAAUACCAGGUUCAGGGGUUACUUACUGACAAACCAGAAACUGAUGCAGACGGUGAAAGGACACCACCAAACUCACAGUGGAAUGAAGAUUUCACAGACACACUAACUCUAAACUGGGCCUCUCCAAAGGAAAAGAACUCCCGCAAACAAAUCAAUCAGAACUGUAAUCAAGAGACGUCUUACGAUAUUUUGGGGACAGAUAUCUGGGCAGUUAACACUUUUGAGAAUGUAAGUGGAGCAACAUGGGAUCUGCAGCCUGAGAAAUUAGAUUUCACCAACUCGUUUCAUCGAAAGCAUUUACAAAACGCUUCCAAGUACCUCCCCCACAUUGAUCAAGAAGGGAUGGUGAAGGGAAAGUUUGAAGAGGAUGGAAACAUUACCUUGAAUGACCUGGAGAAAGUGCUUCCUGUGCGGCAGGUAUAUCAGCCGUUGUCUAAUGAAGCUGAAAUCGCACAAACUAAAAAACUCUUCCGGAGGCGAAGGAACGACCGGAGGAGACAGCAGAGGACUCCAGGGGGAAACAAAGUGCAGCAACAACAUGGUGAGCAUCAGCCAAGCAACACAAAACACAACCGAGAUCACUCCAGACAAUACCAGAAUCCAGCACCACACUCCGCAGGAAAACAGGGUCCACCAAACCAUGGCUACAGCCAGCAGCGCCGGUGGCAGCACAACCAGAGACAUUCUCCUAAUGAAAAGGAGUUGAACAGGAAUGCCAAAGAAAGCAGUAAUGUCCAAAGUGAGGAUCCCUCACAGAGCCCUGUCCAGGUGGCUGGGGAGAUGCAAAAACCUACAGAACCACCCAGCAGCCCAACUCCACAGAAUCUCCAGAAUUCCGAAAUAAAACGCAAAGACAGCAUUUCAGAUCGACAGGUGGACCAACCAAAAGUCAAUCUUCUGGAAUCAUCCAAAGAUAGACUGAAAAGAAGGCUGAAAGAAAAGGAUGAAAUUUCCUUGGAGACAACAAACCCUCAACGAACCAAAAUGGACAAGUUGAUAGAAAUCCUCAACAGCAUGAGGAACAACAAUAGUGAUGUGGACUCCAACCUUACCACCUUUAUGGAGGAGGCACAAAACUCAACCAACUCAGAAGAGAUGCUAAGUGAGAUCGUUAAGACGAUUUAUCACAAGGCUGUAACGGACAGGAGCUUUGCUUCAACAGCUGCCAGACUAUGUGACAAGAUGUCUCUCUUCAUGGUGGAAGGAACUAAAUUCCGAAGCUUGCUCCUCAAUAUGCUGCAGAAAGAUUUCACGGUGAGGGAUGAGCUGCAACAAACAGAUGUAGAGCACUGGCUUGGGUUCAUCACGUUUCUCUGCGAGGUUUUUGGAAUAAUGCGAAGCAAUGCAGGAGAGCCUUUCCGUGUGCUUGUCUGCCCUAUCUACACAUGUCUACGGGAGCUGUUACAAUCACAAGAUGUCAAAGAAGAUGCCGUUCUGUGUUGCUCGAUGGAGCUGCAGAGCACAGGCAAGCUGCUGGAGGAACAGCUGCCAGAGAUGAUGACAGAGCUGCUAGCCGCAGCACGCGACAAGAUGCUGGGCCCCUCCGAAUCAGCGUUGACACGGUCCCUCCUCCUUGAAGUCAUCGAGCUGCAUGCCAAUAACUGGAACCCACUGACCCCUACCAUCACGCAGUACUACAACAAAACCAUCCAGAAAUUAACUGCUUAAAAAAAAUGAAAAUAUAAACAGGGGGGAUAAAGAUAAAACAGGAAGAAGGAGGAACAACAUAUGGGAAGGUGCUGUCUUUUUUUAUAUAAAAAAAAGACUCUUUUUACAGGAAAGAGAGGGAAAUGUAUUAAAUUACAAAAAAGGAACAGAAAGAUAAGUCCCAGCAUGCAGAGAAUCAUUUUAGGGGCACAUUCUUUCAUUCGAGUGCCAAGCCUCCUUUCCCCCUCCUGUGUUUUUGAUUGUAGUUGAUCCGUUGACAACACACCACCCCAUGGUUUGUGGAGGUCUGGAGCUAGCCUGGUAUUGUGUUGAGUAUGUGUAUGUGUGCGCUCAGUGUGCUUUAUUUGUUCUGCCAUUGUGACAGCCGUCUUGCUAAGCAAUUGGCAGAAGGUGACACUCAGCAGAUGGCCUGGCAGGACAAUAGGAAGCACAUUCUAUGCCAGGCUUGAAAAUCAAUUACUACAUGCAGGGCAGGUUUUAAGUUGACCUUUUUUGUUUUACACAUUUUCUAAUUGCUCAAAUUUUAGGAAAGGGUGCAAGGAAAAAUAAAAAAGAAGAUUGAGUUUACAUCGGAAUCUCACAUGCAUGUUCUUUUCGUACAAAGCCGAAAAUUUUAAUUUUACACAGAUUCCAAAUCAGUUCUUUCCAAAAGCUAUGCAUUUGUGUUAAGUGACUGAGAGGACAGUUUUGAAUCUUUGUGUUGCAUUUUGGUUGAAGUUUGAAAUGAUGGUGCCUGGGUACCAGAGUGAAACUGCCAAUGUUUCAUUGUCCUGGUGCUGAGAUUGUGAAAAGCUGAAAGAAGACUUGACUUGGCCUCAUACACUAAAAUGAAUGAUGGUAGAUUCAGUAUCUAAAGCUAUGAAAGGACAUUGUAGCAUAAAUGUGAAGUACUUGCUAAUAUAUUGUUAAGGGAAGGAUAUUCCCAUGAGUUUACAGUAUUCUAUUUAGACUAUAAGUCUACAAUUAAUUUAGUGUAAUUGAUUUUUUUUCCCCCUUAAACCAGUUUACCUUCAUCAACCAGUAAAAUGGCUCCCAGUAUUAUUUCUGGCUCAGGCACAUGAUGUGCACAAAAAGCUGUCUCCAUGAUACUUCGGCUAACAAAACCAGAAGUGGUACAUUUUGAGAAUUGGCUUUGAUUUUCAUAUUAUGUCAGAUGAUGCAUAUUCUGAAGUGUGCUCAAAGCAGUUUGAUUUCUUGGGGCUGAAGCAAUGAUAAAGCAGGUAUUUGCUCAUUAUCAUAUUGCUGUUUGUGUGAGCUUGCUGUACACAAAUUGACUUCCACCUUGCCUCAUUACAACAGCGUCUACACUCAUAAAUGCUUUAUAGGGUAUAAAGAGCUUUUGGUGCCCUGAAAUUGUGCAAGGCGCUAUGUAACUGCAAAUCUAUCUUUAAUUUUAAUGUUAUAAAAUGUUGAGAUUUAAAUUUUGCAGCUUCUGAGUUUGAACUCCACAGUAUGUUGCUGCCUCUAACACACUACACAUUGUGUUAACCUGUGUAAUAAAUGCUGACUGAAUUAUCUCACAUGACAAGUGCUAAGUGAAUCAUUUUGUGUAAUAUGCGCUGACUGAGCUUGUUUGUGGUAAUCACCUUGAUUAUCAUUCAGCCAUCUGACAAUGAUUGGUUUAUUGUUAUUGACAUAAUUCAAUUGUAUGAAGUGUCCAAUCACCAUUCUCUGGUAUGGCUCCUGUUGAAAGAGGGAAGGGAGAAAAUUGACUGUAUCCUGUGCAUGAUAACAAAUAGUUGGGGGCACUUAUGAAACUAGGCUUCUUGCUAAGUCGCUGUAUGAAGUUGAACAAUUUAAAGCCAACAAUGUUGUUUGUGAUGUUUCCAAGGGCCUUGUAGGAUGUUCGGCUCUUGACAAAGUGACAGAAUACCAGUUUGUCUUAGAAGAAUGAAUUACAAUGCAUUCUCGUUCUUGGUUAAGUCUUU